CAAUAAUUAAGAAAAACAAUUAGUUAUUGAAAAGGUAAAGCUUUUUAUGGAUUUAUAUUUUUGCAACGCUACUUGUCAUCAAGUAACUUUCUUUGCUUUUCUUGUAGGGUUGCUCCCUUAUUUACUCACUUUCCUUGUGCUAUAUCGUGUGACAUUAUGCCUUUGUGGGACACCAUGUGUUAUCUCUUUUUUGAUCUACAAAUGGAAAAGAAGGCAUUUAUCAAUGUAUGAUAACAUUGAAGAAUUUCUUCAAGGUCACAAUAAUUUCUUACCAAUUAGAUAUUCUUACUUUGAUAUCAAAAGGAUUACAAGAGGUUUUAAAGACAAAUUGGGCGAAGGAGGUUAUGGCCUUGUAUACAAAGGAAAGCUUCGUAGUGGUCAAUUGGUGGCAAUAAAGAUAUUGGGUAAGUCUAAAGCUAAUGGACAAGAGUUUAUCAAUGAAGUAGCUACUAUUGGAAGAAUUUACCAUGUUAAUGUGGUUCGCCUUAUUGGUUUUUGUGUUGAGAGAUCGAAACGUGCUCUUGUAUAUGAAUUCAUGCCUAAUGGAUCUCUUGAUAAACAUAUAUUUUUACGAGGAGGCAGUUCCGCAAUUAGCAUUGAAAAAAUGUAUGAAAUUUCCCUUGGAGUCGCUCAAGGAAUUGAAUAUCUUCAUCGAGGUUGCAACAUGCAGAUUUUGCAUUUUGAUAUCAAGCCACAUAAUAUUCUUCUUAAUGAAAGUUUUAUUCCAAAAAUUUCAGAUUUUGGACUUGCCAAGUUAUAUCCACCAGAUAAUGAUGUUGUUUCUCUCACAGCAGCAAGAGGAACUUGGGGUUACAUGGCUCCAGAGUUGAUCAACAAAAAUCUUGGAGGUGCAUCUCAUAAAGCUGAUGUAUAUAGUUUUGGGAUCUUAUUGAUGGAAAUGGUUGGAAGAAGAAAGACCUUGAAUGCAUCUGCUGAGCAUCUAAGCCAAAUUUACUUUCCUACAUGGGCUUAUGACAAACUCAGUGAAGGAAAGGAUGUAGAAUUGGGAGAUGUUUCAGAUGAGGAAAAGAAAAUAGCAAAUAAGAUGGUUCUAAUAGCACUUUGGUGUACUCAAUUGGAACCCAUUCAUCGUCCUUCAAUGCAUGCAGUUAUAAAGAUGUUUGAAGCAGAGUUUGAAACCCUAGAAAUGCCUCCAAAGCCUUUACUUUCACUACAAGACAAGAAAAAAGAGGAUAUUGAAAUCAACGUAAAUCCUAUAGGGCCAACAAGUACCCCAACAGGUGAUUGUAUGGAUUCAGUUAGUUUGGUUGCAAAUGCAUAUUAAACUAUGUUUGUUAUUAUCCAACCAUGUAAUGUUAUUGAUAAAACAAAUUAACUUGUUUGUUUAUUAUAGAUGUUAGUGUUAUAUAUUAUUGAUUUCCUUA